UGCGCGUUAAGAGGUGCCGGUCCGGGCAAAGGAAGCAGGGAUGGGGGAGCAGAGAAGGGACUGGCGGGCGGUGGCCUUCUGGAGGCUGCUGUUGCUGCUGCUGGCGGUUGUGGCCCAGGCAGUGGCCCGGGCUCCGCGCCGCUACACCGCAGACUGGAAGAGCUUGGACUCGCGGCCAUUGCCGACAUGGUUCGAUGAGGCCAAGUUCGGGGUGUUCGUGCACUGGGGCGUGUACUCGGUCCCAGCUUGGGGCAGCGAAUGGUUCUGGUGGCACUGGCAGGGCGAGCGGCUGCCUCCCUACGUAAGCUUCAUGAAAAACAACUACCCGCCGGGAUUCAGCUACGCCGAUUUCGGACCACAAUUUACGGCGCGCUUCUUCCACCCGGACCAGUGGGCCGAACUCUUCCAAGCUGCCGGGGCCAAGUAUGUGGUCCUGACUACUAAGCAUCACGAAGGCUUCACAAACUGGCCAAGCCCUGUGUCUUGGAACUGGAACUCGAAGGAUGUAGGGCCCCAUCGAGAUUUGGUCGGUGAGUUGGGAGCAGCUGUGCGGAAAAGGAACAUACGCUAUGGCCUCUACCACUCGCUCUUGGAAUGGUUCCAUCCACUCUACCUACUUGAUAAGAAAAAUGGCUUUAAAACUCAGUACUUUGUUAAAGCAAAAACCAUGCCUGAGCUCUAUGACCUUGUUAACAGCUACAAGCCUGACCUGAUCUGGUCUGACGGGGAGUGGGAGUGUCCAGACACCUACUGGAACUCCACAGGUUUUCUUGCUUGGCUCUAUAACGAUAGCCCUGUCAAGGAUCAGGUAGUAGUGAAUGACCGCUGGGGUAAGAACUCCUCCUGUCAUCACGGAGGGUACUACAACUGUCAGGAUAAAUACACACCACACAGCCUGCCAGACCACAAGUGGGAGAUGUGCACCAGCGUGGACAGGGCAUCCUGGGGCUACCGAAGAGACAUGACCAUAUCUUCCGUUACCAGUGAAAAUGAAAUCAUUAAGGAAUUGGUUCAGACUGUCAGUUUGGGAGGCAACUAUCUUCUCAACAUUGGGCCAACUAAGGAUGGGCUGAUUGUUCCCAUCUUCCAAGAGAGGCUUCUUGCUGUUGGCAAGUGGCUGCAGAUCAACGGCGAGGCCAUCUAUGCCUCCAGACCCUGGAGGGUGCAGUCUGAAAAGAACCUGACAGCCGUGUGGUAUACCACUAAAGACUCAGCUGUUUAUGCUACUUUUCUGAACUGGCCGGAAAAGGGAAUUGUUAGUCUCAAAUCUCCCAAAACUACCUCAGCCACAAAGGUAAGGAGGCUCAACCUAAGCUUUAACUUGCCGUCUUUUGUUUUUAUUUUUCCAGUGCAGAGGAUAGACCCCAGGACGUAG